AAAGAAAAAGUCAUAUCUGUUCUUCAUUUUCUUAUUCCGGUUGCUGAAUCCGCCGAAUCCCACCCAAUUUUCCAAGAGGAAGAUAAUCGUUAAACGAUGCCGUAUUGCGAGGUUGUGAAAGAACACGUAGACGCAGAAACGACGCUUAACAAUGCCGGCGUCAAGAUAUUCUACAGAACCUACGGUCAUGGUCCUUCCAAAGCUCUUCUCAUCAUAGGUUUAGCCGGAACCCAUGAAUCGUGGGGACCUCAAAUCAAGGGCUUGACGGGAACGGAUCAACCCAACGACGACGACGGAAUCGUUUCCGAUGAUGAUUCAGGAAGCGGCCAAGGCAUGGAGGUCUGCGCCUUCGACAAUCGUGGUAUGGGUCGAAGCUCCGUGCCCACCCACAAAUCUGACUACACAACAACUAUAAUGGCCAAGGAUUCGAUUAGUUUGUUGGAUCAUUUGGGAUGGGAGAAGGCUCACGUAAUUGGCCACUCUAUGGGAGCUAUGGUAGCUUGCAAGUUAGCUGCAAUGGUUCCUGAACGGGUUCUUUCUCUUGCGUUGCUUAACGUUACAGGUGGAGGUUUCGAGUGCUUCCCCAAGCUUGACCGGCUAACUCUUUCCAUUGCGAUACGUUUCUGGAUGGCAAAGACCCCUCAACAAAGAGCUAAAGUUGAUUUGGAUACACAUUAUUCACAGGAUUACCUAAAAGAACGCAUAGGCACCAACACAAGGAGGGAUGUCCUAUAUGAGCAAUAUGUAAAAGGAAUAUCAGAAACUGGAAUGCAGUCAAAGGACGGGCUUGACGGCCAACUUAACGCUUGUUGGUUACACAAGAUCACAACACCAGAGACUGAACGGAUCCGCUCUGCUGGAUUUCUUGUCUCAGUCAUUCAUGGAAGACAUGAUGUCAUUGCUCAGAUAUGUCACGCGAGAAGACUGGCACAGAGGCUAUACCCUGUCGCUAGAAUGGUUGAUCUUCAUGGAGGCCAUCUUGUAAGCCACGAGAGAACAGAGGAGGUUAAUAAAUCUCUUCUUGAGUUAAUCAAAGCGUCAGGAGUGAAGAAAACAGCAACUGAUUGGACUAACCUCACCAUGGAAGAUCCCGGUUAUUUCCAGAGGAGAAUAUCACUUAUUAGAAGCUCAUCAGAAGGCAAGAGUGCCGCUUCUCCUUCACAUUUCAUAGUGGAAAAGUUUCAUCGCUGUCUACUUUUCCUCUUCGGGUUUCUGGUGUUGGUUUAUGAGUAUGCAAGAAGAGCUUUGAGGGUGGUGAAACCCAUCAAAGUUGGUCCUUCUCUUACAUAACCAACAAACCUCUCACACUUCAAUUCAUACACGGACCAACUAUGCAGUGCUUCAGUGAUCAAGCUGGUGAAACGUACAGACGCUAGAGAAGGAGAUGCUGCUAUUACAAGGAAGAGAGAUUAAUACAAACUGUUGAUAUGUACUUGUGUAGAGAGAGAAACAUUUUGUUAUAUUCUAUUUACCUCGGAUCGAAAUGUACUAUUGUAAAGACAAGACUUAACCUCAACUGAGACUUUAAAUGUUGUCUGUGUACCUCCCCUCCUAUAUAACAUACAAGUUUCUGAUUAA